ACAAAGAGGAUGCCAAGGACAGCGGCUCCUGCGCGCUGUCCCUUCCUGGGGUGCUGAACGGAACGCCAGAGCAGCCUCGUCGCGACGGAAUCCGUGGUGCUGAAAGAGGCAGCCGGGAAAGCCGCCGCCGCCGCCGACCCCGACCCCCCAGAACUGCUCCCCGGAGGACCCCCGGCUCGGUCUAUGCCCAGGGGCUGAAGCGGUGCGCCUCCCCCCUAAGCCAUGCGACCCACCAACAAGCUCCUCAGCCUCCUCUUCCUGCUCCUGAUGGGCACAGAGCUCACCCAAGUGCUGCCUACCAACCCAGAGGAGAGCUGGCAGGUGUACAGUUCUGCUCAAGACAGUGAAGGGCGCUGCAUAUGCACGGUUGUGGCUCCUCAACAGACCAUGUGCUCACGAGACGCCAGGACAAAGCAACUGCGGCAGCUAUUAGAAAAGGUACAAAACAUGUCCCAGUCAAUAGAGGUCUUGGACAGGAGGACCCAGCGAGACCUACAGUACGUCGAGAAGAUGGAGAACCAGAUGCGAGGGCUGGAAUCAAAGUUCAAGCAAGUAGAAGAAAGCCACAAGCAACACCUGGCCAGGCAGUUCAAGGCGAUAAAAGCGAAAAUGGAGGAGCUUAGGCCUUUGAUCCCAGUGUUGGAGGAGUACAAAGCCGAUGCCAAAUUGGUUUUGCAGUUUAAAGAGGAAGUCCAGAAUCUGACGUCUGUACUUAACGUGCUCCAGGAGGAGAUUGGCGCGUAUGACUACGAAGAGCUCCAGAACAGAGUGUCAAACUUGGAAGAGAGGCUCCGGGCUUGCAUGCAAAAAUUAGCCUGUGGGAAGUUGACAGCAAUAAGUGACCCGAUAACGGUCAAGACGUCUGGGUCGAGGUUUGGCUCAUGGAUGACAGACCCCUUGGCUCCGGAAGGUGAAACCAAGGUCUGGUAUAUGGACAGCUAUCAUAACAACCGCUUUGUCCGGGAGUACAAAUCCAUGUCUGAUUUCAUGAACACGGACAACUUCACUUCCCACCGCCUGCCUCACCCGUGGUCCGGCACGGGCCAAGUGGUCUACAACGGCUCGAUCUAUUUCAACAAAUACCAAAGCCACAUCAUCAUCAAGUUUGACUUGAAGACGGAGACCAUCCUUAAGACCCGGAGCUUGGAUUACGCAGGCUUCAACAACGUGUACCAUUACGCCUGGGGAGGCCAUUCGGACAUCGACCUCAUGGUGGACGAGAACGGCCUGUGGGCCGUCUACGCCACCAAUCAGAACGCGGGCAACAUCGUCAUCAGCAAGUUGGACCCCAACACCUUGCAAAGCCUACAGACUUGGAACACCAGUUACCCCAAGCGCAGCGCCGGGGAAGGGUUUAUCAUCUGCGGCACUUUGUACGUCACCAAUGGUUAUUCGGGGGGAACCAAGGUGACUUAUGCCUUUCAGACCAACACCUCCACCUAUGAGUAUAUAGACAUCCCCUUCUUAAACAAAUACUCGCAUAUUUCUAUGUUGGACUACAACCCCAAAGACAGAGCUCUUUACGCAUGGAACAACGGCCAUCAAAUACUCUACAACGUCACCCUCUUCCAUGUGGUCAGAUCCGACGAGUUGUAGCCGACGCUUGCCCGGCAAAAGGAACUGAAUGUUUAACACGCACGAAACCCCGGAGGAGAUGAUACGUCACAUGGAGGCAUAUUUUAAACGAUGGCAA